AUGGUAGUCCGUUCGCCGACAUACAUUGCACCCGUGGACUAUUGCUGCCACCCAAUGAGCCUUGGUGCAUACGACAGUGGUGUUGAGGCAGCCGACCAUAUGUUCAUGACCCUACCCGCUCAUAUAGAUGCCCAGCUAGCGCGUGGUCUGUUUGCGAUGUUUGCGUCAAAGGAACCAGAGCGCUAUGCGGCUCUAAAGGCCGCUGGCUUCCCCGUUCUCGAUAGCAGUGACCCAACGCAGUCUCUAAUGCAUAAUUUACUUGAGCGAGCCGGUGGCCACUAUAUCGACGUGGGUGGCACUAAGCUAAUCGAAGAAGGCAAGGUCGGCAUCAAGGCAGGAACUGAGCCCAUCGGGUAUACCGCCACUGGACUGCGCUUUUCUGAUGGCACAGCCGUUGAUGCAGAUGCAAUCAUCUGGUGCACUGGUUUCGCUGACUCCAAUGUGUGUGAAACUGCCUUGAGAAUCUUAGGCGGUGACUCGAUGAAGAAUAAUAGUGCCAACGGGGAAAUACGAGGUGUGCUUGAUCCCCGGGGCAUUGCAGACCGGUUGGAGGGGACAUGGGGGGUUGAUGCAGAGGGGGAGGUUCGUGGUAUGUGGAAGCGCCAUCGGGAAAUUGACAAUUUCUGGGUUAUGGGUGGCUAUACCCAGCAGCACCGAUGGCACUCUCGUACACUGGCUCUUCAAAUCAAGGCCGCUCUAGCUGGUAUUCUACCUCCAGCCUACCGGAGUACGCCGAAGCUAUAG